AUGCCAGUGCGAAUGCCAGUGCGAACCACAAGGUUCAUGUACAAGGGGAAUUGCACUAUUCCAGAUAUCCUAUCAUACCGGACCCCCAUUAACCUGCCCGAGGAUGAGGUGGAAGGUGAGUCAUGAUUAUUAUAUCUAUUAUUUCAUGUCUUGCCUAAAUCCAUUCUGCAUGUGGAGGAUCGAUCCAGCCAGGUCAAGAGAAUGACCCCUGCCCUGACCGUGAAAUGAGUCACUCGAGCUCAGCUGUUCAGCACCUUGGAGAGCGCCCCACAGCUACGGGGCUAAAUGUUAGCACAUCACAAUGGUCUCACACAAGCAGCAAUUACAAUUUAAAAUGCACUAAGAUUUUAGGGCAUGUUCUAUGCCCUUGUAUGUUCUAUCGUACUUGUCUUGACCAAAUCACUUGUUCAUAAGACAACUUACAUGUGCCCAGCUGUAAUUGCGGUAAUAAUAUAUGCCAGUUUAGCAGACGCUUUUAUCCAAAGCGACUUAUAGUCAUGCGUGCAUACAUUUUACAUAUGGUUGGGAGACAUCAGUUAGCACUAAAGUUUCAUUAUUGUUGUUAAUAAUGUUAGUUCCACCAUCUGCAAAAUAAUUUAAACCAAAGAGAAUGUAUGCUACAUUCUUAGAACAAAAGGUUCUACCUAGAACCUAAAACGGUUCUGGCUGUCCCCAUAGGAGAAACCCUUUGAAGAACCCUUUUCAAUUCCAGGUAGAACCAUUUUGGUUCCAGGUAGAACUCUUUUGAGUUACAUGUAGGGAUCUACAUGGAACCAAAAAGGGUUCUACCUGGAACCAAAAAGGGUUCUCCUAUGGGGACAGCCGAAGAACCCUUUUGUAACCCUUUUUUUCCUGUAGGCAUGCCAAUCUGAAUGAGUGCUUGCAGGUUUGGAAAAGUAUGCCUUGAAUAUUGCUAGACAAUAUUUGUUUGAAUGUUGCUUGAAUGGUGCUAGACAAUGUCCAGGUAUUUGUACCUUCAUUUUUUUUAUAUAGUUGUACUAGUUCUCUGAUACUUUAUUCUUGUUUUUGGGUCGUUUUUUAAUUAUGAUGGCAUUUGGGCAUGGCAUUUUGGGGGAAAAAAGUACUUAAUUUUGCUAUGUUUUUUUAUGAAGGUAUUUGGGUACAUCUUUCCAUUGUAAACCAACUAAUAUGGCAGCUUAAUGACUUAAAUAAUGCUUACCAUUAUGAUAACAUUGUGCCACCAGUAAGAAUAGUAAAAUGAUGGUAACAUCAAUGACAAAUUUUAGGUUAUAGAGGAUUUUCUUAAUUGGGGGCCACAUAUGCUCAAAUCUAAGGUCAUUAAACAUUUACUAAAUGAUGCCCACAAUGUAAUUUCCCUUCAUUUAAAUUGAGAAACACCAAUUACACGUUGUAUUUAGACUCACAAAAUGAUCUAUGGACUUCUCACAUUUAUGACGUACUAAAAGAGUGUGAUUAGCUAAUUAUUUUCUUCAAUAUAGACCUCACUCAAUAUUCAGUCUUUAUCAAUCUACUGUAUCUUGCAAAACAUUGGUGAUUCAGACUGCCUGUGAGUAAGCAUGUGUAUGUUACAGAUAUAUCUUUCAACAGCAAUCACUCAAUUAACUCCAUUAUACAGUAACAAUACAUUAUUUAUUGAAGCCCCUGCGUAUUGCCCACUCCAAGCUACAGUAUUUCCUAUAGAGGCCACCCAGCAUCCACAGAGUUUCUCUAUCUGCCUACUCUAAUAACCUUUCUGAGGUAAUUCAAUUAAAGUUAUGACUUAUAAUUAAUGCAUUGGUGCUGCAAGGAAGGGACAUAUAGAGUAAAGAUCAGGACAUAGAUAUCACCAAGUGUAACUGUGUAGCAGGACAAAACAAAUCAUUCCACCAGCAUUUCCUAGGAAAUGCAAUCAGAUUUUCCUGAGAGAAUGUAAAGUAGCAAAGACGAGCCGACGCUACAGAAUAUAACCUGUGUAUGUCUGUCUUUUCCAACUCUGAAUCAUAGAGAACAAAGUACUUACAAUUCAAAUGGAAGAAAUAAAUACACUUUUUCACACUUCAAGAAAAGAACAGUCAUUAGAAUACAAUCCAGCCUGACGUAAGAGAUGGUCCUCUCUAACCCUGAAGUAUAGGAAAUUGUGCCUUUCGAUCCAUAUGUGUGCACUGUGUACAUGGUAUGGCAUUGGAAAUCACAAUAUGUGAUGACUGUUGAUGAUGAGUAUGACUCACAGCAGACAAUAAAAAGUGAAUAUAUUCAUGACAUUGGCUGUUUUUAUGAAGGUCAUUGAUGAUUGACAGCAGAAGAUAACAUGGGGCAGGGAGGAGUGAAUGCUACCUGGAAGCUCCAGAUGAUAAUGAAAAAAGCUGCACGGUGAAUUCUGAAAACAAGUGGUUCAUGGUGGAGAUUUGUGAACUAAAUACAUAGAAAUUAAAACAAUCAACAGUAUAAUAAAAACCUUUAGUUAGGGAUUGAUUGGCAUUGAUGCAUCAUUGUUCUAGUUGACGUUAGUUUGUCGAUAGAGGUUGCAAACCAUAGAGAACCUAUGGGUUUGGGUAAUUUAGAACCUAGUCUUGCACAGUAGAUUUGGUCCUGGGUUACGAGAUUAACCAAAUAUCACAAUUUGAGACUAUGAUUUAUUUACUACUCCAGGAAGAAUGGGCCGGGCAGUUAAAUUCAUAGGGGAUGUUUUCAUUUUGAAAAGCCAGAUUCUGAAGUUCACAUAGUGUGGCACAGUGGUCUAAGGCACUGCAUCGCAGCGCUAACUGUGCCACUGGUUCUAAUCCAGGCUCUGUCGUAGCCGGCCAUGACUGGGAGACCCAUGGGGCGGUGCACAAUUGGCCCAACGUCGUCCAGGGUAGGGGAGGGAAGAGCAUGGCGUUUGCAACACCAGGGUUGUGGGUUCAAUUCCCACGGGGAGCCAGUAUGAAAAAAAAUAAAAUAAUGUAUGCACUCACUAACUGUAAGUUGCUCUGGAUAAGAGCGUCUGCUAAAUGACUAAAAUGUAACAAAAUCUCCCUGGCUUUUGGUGUACAGCUGCAUCUCAGCAGAGGGAUCAUUAAAGAGAUCCUCUGUCUGGCAUUGGGUAAAAAACAAAACCCUGCCAGAAUAUAGUAGCAUUCUUCCUGUUUGAAAGGGCAGUUUGGUGGUUCCUGCAAUGACGAGAUACACAUACAAUACAAUACAACUUUAUUAAUCCCCAAGGGGCAAUUCCUUCCGGGCUGACAGGGUGCUUCAGACAGGACAAACACACACUGACAGUGUAAAAAAUAAAUAUAAACACUUAAGGCAUUAUAUAAGGGUGCAUAAUGCAAUUGAUGAAACUAAAGGUUCAUGGUAUUCACAGUUCUUAAUUAAUUGUAGGGCUAAACUAUCUCUAGAAUAGUCACUCGGACUUCGUUAAUGUUCCUAUUAACCAGGCGGAUGGCUUCGGGCACAAACGAGGCCCUGCAUGAAUUUCGACUGUGUUUUCAUACGUUUCCUGAAAGUUGAGAAUGGAGAUUUUGUUGAAACAUACCCUAAUCAAAAUCUGUUUAAAUGCUAGUGUUUUUGGAGCAAAGUCAGCAAGACGAAAAAUAGAGAUGAAAGUCAGAUCAGAUAUGCCUCAGUAUUUCAUGCUGAUAAUGAAAUUCCUAUUUCUGCUAUUGGUUGGUCGCCCUGGCCCCAGAUCUGGCCAAGCUGUCUCGCCCUAAAAUUCCAUCCUUGCUUUGAGCAAUUUAUUUGGCAUGGAGAAACCACUAGCUGUUGGGGGACUGAGACUCUAAUCAAAAGACCAACCAUGACUGGGCCCAACUCAUAGAAUUAGAUCAAAACAAAAAUACCCAAGAUGCCAUGUGUUGCAGGUGGAGUGCCAGCCCAAUGACAGUGCAGCAGCCAGAGCUCUGCAGCAAAUCAUUCACUUAUUGAGGAAGCCAUUUGACUGCUGUUUACUCAUUGAGGAUCAUCCAAUGUAACGGGCACAGUGAGCUGUCCAAAUUCAGACAGGGGGGUGGAAAAAGGACAGGUUGAUUAUGAGGGUAAAGGCUUGAUAAAAUUGGCACAGGAGCCAAUUGUCUUUUCUUUCUGCCAUGAUUGGCUUGUGUUUUUGUCUGGUUGCUGGCUGCUGUGACUGAUUACACUGUAAUAAUGCACAGUCCAAGUUUCAAUAUUAAAACCUGCGUGCUCCUUGAAGAUAACACUGCAAUGCGUCAAUAUGAUAAUUGUUACAUUUACAUUUUCGCACCAAAAUUACAAUUAUUAUAGUUAUUAUAUGACAAAAAACAUUUACCAAAAUAAUGCAUUUAAAAAAUACAUUGAAAAUACGUUUUUAAAUAUGUAGUGGGGAGGUGCAACUAUCUUCAUCAUCAGUAAAAACAAACAGAAAUUAAAGAGAAUGGCACUUCUUAUUAUUCUUCCCGAUCCCUAGUCCCUACAAACAAUAAUCAACUCCUCAAAAUAAUCAGACUGCACAGUUCAUUCAAGUGUACCUCAACAACUAUUGCAUAGUCAGGAAAGUGUUUUUAAAUGCCAGUUGACGCACUUGAACAUGUCUGCCGAACUAGAUAAGACUGGUGGUUUGCCCACACAGCAUUGACUUCAUUGGAGUGAGGUCCCAGGUCUCAGUCUGUCUCCACCCCUCUUCCUGUUUGUCAACGCACAACUGACGGAGCUUGCAAACAUUAUUUAUAGAUCAAAACAUGUCAGAGAAUCCCCCAGACACCAGGCAUUGUGGUAGGACUCAGAUCACUUUCCACUUUGUAUGCAAAAGCUAUCGUUAUGCCUGGUUAAAAAUGGGAAAAGGUUGCAGUAAGCACCUCAUAUAAAGGAGCUGGAGGCCUCUGACUCUACUAUCUGUAAAUCUGCAAAUCAAUUAAUCUACUAUUAUAUUUGAUACAAUGUUAACAUUUGACAGAGACCCAUAAAUCUCUGCUCCCCCAUCAGCUGAUUCACACAUAGUACCAAACUCACAGUUGAACACACACUGGAUUCUAAUCUGGAUAUAAUAGAGUGCAUACAUACAGGUGUAGGAUCUUAAUUUGACCAGUAUUGUCGCAGCAAAAUAAUCCUGGAGCAACAGGAUUGGAACGUUUAGUCCAUAAUGUUGCUUGAUCGGUGGUUAGGCUAUUAGCUGGUCAAAAUGAGGCUACAUGAAAAGUGGAAUAAUGUUAAUCUACCCAUGUGUUAGUGAAUUUAUGUAAAUCACGAAGCUCAUCUGCAUGUCCAUGCGGUGCAGGAAAACUCUCAGCAGCAAAAGAGUGAUCAAAUUAAGAUCCUCCAUCUGUAAUAGAAAGAAUCAUCAGCAUUAUAUUUUAUUGAGCAAGCUUUACAAGCUUUUCUAAGUGCCAUUGAACAAAGUGGCAUGGCAUUGUUUGAACAAAUUAUAACACUGUAGUCUAUAGUGCUGUUCUCAUCAAAUACUGUUACCCUUAUCACUUACUGUAUGUAGGUGGGUAAAUUCCCAGAAUAGGGAAUCCUAUGCCAAACGUGGACAUAUGGUAAGCAGUGGAGUCCCAAUGGACACACCAGCAGUUUAAAUUAGUACCAGGGAGGCUUUUCCUCUCAUUUGCAGGGUCCCAGAAUACUGUGAACUAUGAGGGGGUUUCCUCACCUUACCUCACCACCACUGUGUAGAGCUAUAGCUCUGCUAUAUCUAAGCAGACAGCUUGUACUGCAAUUCCCAGGGCACAUCAGAAGAAGCUUAGUCUCUUGUAGUAUUUGUAAACCUGAAGAGAUAACCUGGGAUUAGUCAUAACAAAGAUGGAAUGGAGAUUGUGAUAAUUUGUUGGAGAGCUCUAGGCUUACAGUAAGCUAUUUGAAGAGGAGGGCUCUUCUCUUUCUCUCUAUCUCUCUCUCUCUCUUAGAUGUAGCCUCACUGAAUGCAGAACCAAUGUCACAGUGCGAGUUCAGCUGUAUUAUCAUAAAAAGAAAAGCCUGUUGAAAGAUAGAGAAAUCUCAUGAAAUGGAUGAGCAGCCCACUGGGCACACCAUGUCAAUUCAACGUGGAUAAUUGGGUAAUAUUUGGUUGAGACAUUUAUCAAUGACAUUACAACCUAUAUUCACCCACUCAAAAAGACAGCCAAAAGUUAGUUGAAUUGCCAAUGUGUUAUCACUAUGCUUUCAACCAUCUAAAAGAACAACCAAAAUCCAAUGGAAAAACUGUCUGAUUUUAUAUUUAGCAACCCAAAUGUCUAUCACCACACUUUCAACAAAUUAAAAGUGCAGUAAAGUUCAAAUGGGAAUACAAUGUCAGAUAUUUUGUUUAUUUAUAAAACAGAUUGUGUUAUCACUGUGCUUAAUCUAAUAGCAGAACCAAAUUACUUGGAUUGCAGUUGAGAUUAAAUUAAAAGUUUACAUGGUCCAAGUGAUCAAUGCCAUUCGAGAUUCUGUGCAGAUUAUUAAAGCAAUUGUGAAAAUCUCCACAGAGCUGUGAUGACCUAUGCAUGCUAUCUUAAACAAGCACACAACUGUAUUAAGCCCCUUACGCUUUGUAUGAUUACAUAAGAAGACAUUUUAAGUUACAGUAACCUCAAAAUGUGGCCAUGGAUGUGUUACUCAUUUUAAGGUUGAAUGUUACAUUAGUUUACAAGAUAGCCUUAACUUUAGGCUAUUUACUGUAUUACAAAAGUAAUAUUGAAUUGUGUUUGGUUGACAACUCAACCAAAUAUCAACAUUUUCUUGGAGAUAUAUCUACUGCUUGGAUAGUUCCAUCUGAGCCACCAGCUUGAUCCCAUUCUUUAACUUUUAUUUUUGGUUGAGUUGGAGAUGUAAAUCAACAUAUAAUUUGUUAACCUGUCGACAGGUUAAUACGCUGUUUAUUGUAUUUCAAAAGUGAAAUUGAAUUGUGUUUGGUGGUCAACACAACCAAACAUCAACAUUUGAAGAAGAUGUAUCUUCUGCUUGGAUAGUUCCAUUCAAUAUCACUAAAUAUCAUUUAAUUUGAAAUAAACCAGAGCUUGAAACCCUAGGCCUAUUGUAUUGUCUAUUUUUAGUUAAAUUCUGGGUUGAAUUGAAACAAUAGCUGUGGAUGACUUUGCAAUUGCUAUAUUGGCCUAAAUAGCAUCAUUGAUCAUUAUUAUACUGUACAGUGCCUUCGGAAAAGUAUUCAGACCCCUUGAUUUUUUCCACAUUUUGUUAGGUUACAGCCUUAUUCUAAAAUUGAAUAAAUUGUUUUAUUCCCUCAUCAAUCUACACACAAUACCCCAUAACGACGAAGCAAAAACUAUUUUUUAUAAAUAUUUGCUAAUUUAUAAAAAUAAAAUAAAAAUGGAAAUAUCACAUUUACAUAAGUAAUCAGACCCUUUACUCAGUACUUUGUUGAAGCACCUUUGGCAGCGAUCACAGCCUCGAGUCUUCUUGGGUAUGACGCUACAAGCGUGGCACACCUGUAUUUGGGGAGUUUCUCCCAUUCUUCUCUGUAGAUCCUCUCAAGCUCUGUCGGGUUGGAUGGGGAGCGUUGCUGCACAGCUAUUUUCAGGUCUCUCCAGAGAUGUUCGAUCGGGUUCAAGUCCGGGCUCUGGCUGGGCCACUCAAGGACAUUCAGAGACUUGUCCCGAAGCCACUCCUGCAUUGUCUUGGCUGUGUGUUUAGGGUCGUUGACCUGUUGGAAGGUGAACCUUCGCCCCAGUCUGAGGACCUGAGCGCUCUGGAGCAGGUUUUCAUCAAGGAUCUCUCUAUACAUUGCUCCGUUCAUCUUUGCCUCGAUCCUGACUAGUCUCCCAGUCCCUGCUGCUGAAAAAUAUCCCCACAGCAUGAUGCUGCCACCACCAUGCUUCACCAUAGGGAUGGUGUCAGGUUUCCUCCAGAUGGAAUGCUUGGCAUUCAGGCCAAAGAGUUUAAUCUUGGUUUCAUCAGACCAGAGAAUCAUGUUAAUCAUGGUCUGAGAGUCUUUAGGUGCCUUUUGGCAAACUCCAAGCGGGCUGUCAUGUGCCUUUUACCAAGGAGUGGCUUUCAUCUGGCCACUCUACCAUAAAGGCCUGAUUGGUGGAGUGCUGCAGAGAUGGUUGUCCUUCUGGAAGGUUCUCCCAUUUCCACAGAGGAACUCUGGAGCUCUGUCAGCGUGACCAUCAGGUUCUUGGUCACCUCCCUGACCAAGGCCCUUCUCCCCUUAUUGCUCAGUUUGGCCGGGCGGCCAGCUCUAGGAAGAGUCUUGGUGAUUCCAAACUUCUUCCAUUUAAGAAUGAUGGAGGCCACUGUGUUCUCGCAGACCUUCAAUGCUGCAGAAAUGUUUUGGUACCCUUCCCCAGAUUGGUGCCUCGACACAAUCCUGUCUUGAAGCUCUACGGACAAUUCCUUCGACCUCAUGGCUUUUGCUCUGACAUGCACUGUCAACUGUGGAACCUUAUAUAAACAGGUGCCUUUCCAAAUCAUGUCCAAUCAAUUGAAUUUACCACAGGUGGACUCCAAUCAAGUUGUAGAAACAUCUCAAGGAUGAUCAAUGGAAAAAGGAUGCACCUGAGCUCAAUUUCGAGUCUCAUAGCAAAGGGUCUGAAUACUUAUGCAAAUAAGGUAUUUCCUAUUUUUAUUUUAUAAAAACAUGUUUUACCUUUGUCAUUAUGGGGCAUUGCGUGUAGAUUGCUGAAGAUUUUGUAUUUAUUCAAACCAUUUUAGAAUAAGGCUGUAACGUAACAAAAUGGGGAAAAAGUCAAGAGGUCUGAAUACUUUCCGAAGGCACUUUAUGAGUGAUAAAGUAUGGUCAGUCACAUUUCAUUUGUUAUGUUAAACCUACCCUUUGGAAUGUCUUUGAUAGCAACAGUGAGUCUAUGUAGUUGGAGUGGAGAUCUCUUAACAAUCACUCUCAUGAUAGCACAUUGGUAAUAGUCAGUGACAAAUAUCAUAGCUAAGCAGGACUAGGCUUCGAUAAAACCCUGGAUGGGAGACCAAAGGGUAGCUGUAGAUAGAUCAAUUAUCCAGCAGAAGGUGCUGCCCAGACUAUUUUUUUUAUAGUGGAUAUAAAUUGAUUUGCAUUUUAAUUAGGGAAAUAAGUAUUUGACCCCCUCUCGAUCAGAAAGAUUUCUGGCUCCCAGGUAUCUUUUAUACAGGUAACGAGCUGAGAUUAGGAGCCCACUCUUAAAGGGAGUGCUCCUAAUCUCAGCUUGUUACCUGUAUAAAAGACACCUGUCCACAGAAGCAAUCAAUCAAUCAGAUUCCAAACUCUCCACCAUGGCCAAGACCAAAGAGCUCUCCAAGGAUGUGGGUGAAAGUGUUGUGGUCAGAUGAGACCAAAAUAGAGCUCUUUGGCAUCAACUCAACUCGCUGUGUUUGGAGGAGGAGGAAUGCUGUCUAUGACCCCAAGAACACCAUCCCCACCGUCUAACAUGGAGGUGGAAACAUUAUGCUUUGGGGGUGUUUUUCUGCUAAGGGGACAGGACAACUUCACCGCAUUAAAAGGACGAUGGACGGCGCCAUGUACCGUCAUAUCUUGGGUGAGAACCUCCUUCCCUCAGCCAGGGCUUUGAAAAUGGGUCGUGGAUGGGUAUUCCAGCAUGACAAUGACCCAAAACACACGGCCAAGGCAACAAAGGAGUGGCUCAAGAAGAAGCACUUUAAGGUCCUGGAGAGGCCUAGCCAGUCUCCAGACCUUAAUCCCAUAGAAAAUCUGUGGAGGGAGCUGAAGGUUUGAGUUGCCAAACGUCAGCCUCGAACCUUAAUGACUUGGAGAAGAUCUGCAAAGAGGAGUGGGACAAAAUCCCUCCUGAGAUGUGUGCAAACCUGGUGGCCAACUACAAGAAACGUCUGACCUCUGUGAUUGCCAACAAGGGUUUUGCCACCAAGUACUAAGUCAUGUUUUGCAGAGGGGUCAAAUACUUAUUUCCCUCAUUAAAAUGCAAAUCAAUUUAUAAAAAUUUUCACAUACAUUUUUCUGGAUUUUUUUGUUGUUAUUCUGUCUCUCACUGUUCAAAUAAACCUACCAUUAAAAUUAUAGACUGAUCAUUUCUUUGUCAGUGGGCAAACGUACAAAAUCAGCAGGGGAUCAAAUACUUUUUUCCCUCACUGUAUGUCUAUGUUGAAAUUUGGUUGCCAUGAUUACAUUUCACCCUCAAAACAACAGUUGAUAAAUUUUUACAAAUCCAUUGUAUAUUCCAUGUAGAUUCCACGUCACAAUACAUUGACAAAUGAUGUUGAAAAAUGUUGAUUCAACCAGUUUGUGCCCAGUGGGAGGUCUCAAAAAAAUAUACAUCUGACACCAGCUUCAGCAAAUACAGUGAGACGGCAGUGAAUAAAGUAAUUUAAUAUUUGAUAGAUGUAUGCACAACCAAAAAGGCUUUAAAAUAUUUGACAACAAUAUAAACUCCAUUAUCAGUCAGUUGGAACCGCACAGUCUUGCGUUUUUUUUUCCAUUUUGGUUUCAUUGUCGUUAGUCAUCGUUUGGGAAAGCAUUAGCGACAGUGCAGAAUAUAGCUAUGUCACCCAUACAAUACCUACAAGCCGAGUGAGACAGAUGAGCAGAAAAAACUGUCCUCUUCAGAGAGAGAAUCAAUGGUCCUGAGGCACUGGGGAAGAAUAGGGCUCAGGCUCAGAGGUGACCUUUUGUUCAAGGGGAAUGGUGCAGACAGACCCCUGUAGAGAUCCCCUUUCAGGGCUUGCUCUAUUCAAUAAAGAGCAGAUUGAUUGAGGAGAUUUUAAUACACAUGUAGAUUGGAUUCUUUUUUAAGUGACUUCCAGGUGGAAAUGGAGGAAUUGACUUAGAAUGCAAAUUCAUUCUACAAUAAUGGAAUGUGGUUUGGUGCGUAUUCCUAGUGCUGUCACUGCUCAGGAAUGUCAGCAAUUCUAUAGAUCAGACUUGUAUUGUGAGCAUUAAUAAUGAUAGUCGACGUGAGACUUCAGGUGCAGGCAGCAAGCUAGACUUAGUAGUUUUUAAUUCUUGAAGCAACAGUGACAAAUGACUUUAACUCAAUACCUCUACAGCUGAAAUUACACCAUGUAUUUUUAAGCUAACUGCGGAAAAAGUUACAUUUUGACUGACUUUUAAAGUUCAGAAAAAACAUGAAAUCAGGAUAUGCCAAGGAACCUAAGGCGUUCAAGUGUAACUAUUCUUGGAACAGGACCAAUGUGGUGGCCAUACCCUUGACAUUUAAUGAAGGACUAAGACAAAUCAAAAUUACAAACUCAUUUUCCAAGAAGGUGGUCCUAGUCAAGAAUCUAUGACCCUCAACCUCUCUCACUCAUUAAUAAUGCAUUCAUAAUCAUAUCUGACAAAGAGCCAAGGUCACUUGCUAGCAAAAUCAUACCAAUAUAUUCAGUAUCUGUCAAUGAACAUAUCAAGAUCUACGGUGCCUUUGGAAAGUAUUCAGACCCCUUGACUUUUUCCACAUUUUGUUACGUUACAGCCUUAUUCUAAAAUUGAUUAAAUUGUUUUUUUCCCCUCAUCAAUCUACACACAAUACCCCAUAAUGACAAAGCAAAAACAGGUUUUUAGAAAUGUUUGCUAAUUUAUAGAAAAAUAAAUAACUGAAAUAUUACAUUAACAUAAGAAUUCAGACGCUUUACUCAGUACUUUGUUGAAGCACCUUUGGCAGCGAUUACAGUAUUGAGUCUUCUUGGGUAUGACGCUACAAGCUUGGCACACCUGUAUUUGGGGAGUUUCUCCUAUUCCUCUCUGCAGAUCCUCUCAAGCUCUGUCAGGUUGGAUGGGGAGUGUUGCUGCACAGCUAUUUUCAGGUCUCUCCAGAGAUGUUCGAUCGGGUUCAAGUCCGGGCUCUGGCUGGGCCACUCAAGGACAUCCAGAGACUUGUCCUGAAGCCACUCUUGCGUUGUCUUGGCUGUGUGCUUAGGGUCGUUGGCCUGUUGGAAGGUGAAUCUUCGUCCCAGUUUUGUUUAUUUAAUACAUUUUAGAAUAAGGCUGUAACGUAACAAAAUGUGGAAAAAGUCAAGGUGUCUAAAUACUUUCUGAAGGCACUGUAUCUAUAUUAGUGAGGCUGUGCUGAAAUAGUACAACAACAGUCUGUAGGUGAAAAGGUGAUUAAUCGCUGUCCAAAUAACGCUCAGUCACUGGUGACUGUCUCUACAGCCACAACACUCCAAGGGGUGUUGCAUUUGUCAGCGUGAUGGCAUCAUAUAUCAAUAGUAAAAGAAAACAAAAGUUGCCACUAUAUGAGCUAUGAGACAAUUGUUCAAUAACACCCAUUGGUCAGGUGGAAGUAGGACAUUGGUUGCUAUUAUUGUUGUUAUGGGGCAUUGAGCAGGGCUGAAUGAUGUCUGAUGGCCAGGUCAAUGUGACCCCAUCUCUCUGUUAGAGCUGAUGGGAUGUAAGUCUGACUGAUGCAAAGACUUUAAAUCAAAAAUGGGGUUGUGUGAGACUUGCGAAGGAGGAGGAGGAGAUAGCAGGAAUAUCUCUCUUUCACUGAGAUGAUGAAGGAAAGACAAAGAUGAUAACCUGACAGCAGAUCAAACAGAAACAACAAACAGAGCCACACUGGAGGGAGAUGAAGAAUAAACCAACAGCCUAGCUGUCUGCUUCCCAGAGAACACACUAAACAAUGAUUUUAUUGGCAAAGGACUAUCAACACAAACUAUUGAGCCACUCCUCUUAUUGUUUUAACCGCCUAUCCCUAUCAUUGUAGGUGGUGAAAACCUAACUAUUAUCACAAACUGUUUAUUACAUUGAGGCCCUGGUAUUUGUAUCAUCCUUCCUUAUACAGCCAAAAGUACAGAAAUCCAUAAAACUACUUGGUACACUCUUAGAAAAAAAGGGUUCCAAAGGGGUUCUUCGGCUGUCCCCAUAGAAUAACCCUUUUUGGUCCCAGGUAGAACCCUUUUUGGUUCAAGGUAGAACUGUUUUUGGUUCCAGGUAGAACUCUUUUCUCUGAGUGAGUUCUAAGAGUGCACGGAAAAAGAUAACCUUGGCAAUGGCAUAUUCAUCUCCAUCAUACAUAGGAUGUGAAGACUGAACAAUAACUAUCAAAACAACUUACUCAAUAAUUUGACUGUUAUAGAAAUCGUUAAUCAUAGUUUUCCUUUGAUGUGCUUUCUGGGAAACAUAACAGUUUGCUGCUAUAAAAGCACUCACUGUAAUUGGAAUGUGUGAUUUGUCUUGAUCCUGCUGUUGUGUCCCAGAGCAGUAGGGUCAGUCUGACCCUGGCCGCAGAAUAGUUGGCGCUCUUUUCAGUCCUCAGUACACAAAAGAGGUUACAAUAUGCCUUUUAUCAAUUGCAAACAUUUAACAGAAGGUUAACAAAUCAAUGCAAAUGCUCAAAGUAUUAAUCUCAACUAAAGUAAUGGGAGUCUCGACUAAUUUGUUUGCAUGCUAUUACUAUUACCAUUCUCCUGUCAAAUGGAACUGUCUAAUUACUUAACUAUAUUGUAAUUCAGACCCCAUAUAUGUUUUAUAGUGGAUGCUGUGGAGGUAUGUGGUGCUAGAUUCCACAAGCCAAAUCCUCUGGACUUUGUCUCAGCUCACUAAAUAUAAAUGGCCUAUAGCCACUCAGUUGCUCAUUGAUUCAGAGGAUACAUUCAAUUGUGUUACUGUGUAAAUAACCUGGAUUAUGCAUUCAGCAGGGGAAUAUAAGAACCAGUUCCUCGAAUCACAUGCGGCACUUUGCAGUUUGUCGUUUUCAAACCCGUUGAGUCUUGUUGAAAUUAGGUAACUGCAAUAUUUAAAACCCCUUUUGCACUAGAAGGCUUAUUUCCAACCAAAUGUGGAUUUACAUUGGCACCAGUUGAGGGAAAACAGCCUAUGCACAUGUGCAUGGAUUGUGUACAGAUUUAUUAUAGGGUUUUGAUUUAAUUUAUAUACCUCAUUUGAGCACAGUAUUGUUGAAGUUUGAUGUGCUGAAAUGUGAUAUGACUGUAUGCAUAAUUUGCUCACUUUGUACUAGCUGAUUCUGGAAGGCCCUCCCUUCUUAUCUGUUGUGUUUCCCUGUCCUGCCCAGGCUCAGCCUUUUAUUGUGGGUCUUCUUAUGCACAAAUGUCUCAGUAGUGGUGUACUGUCUCUCGGUAAACUCCAGGUCAAGGAUAUUUCACGCCUGAUCUAAACAAACGUAUGAAGUCUUUUACCAUUUUGAUGAGUAUUUUGUUUAUUUGCAACCCUCCAAGAUCUUGUAUGGAAACUAUUCCAAACCCCCUAGCUACUGAUAAUAGGCUUGUAGCCUCUCCUCAUGUGCUAAAGUAUUCUGUUUGAAGUGAAAAAGGUACAGUUGGCAUCAAAUAUGCAAAACUUCAGUCUCUUUGCAGUUUGAUGCAAAUACACACUCAGAGAUUUAAAGCUCUACAAAUUCAGCUGAGCAAUAAAAAUAUCAGCCAACUAGCUGCAAUAAGAUAUUAACCUAAAGCCACCUAACUCUGAGUCUGAGCAUUAUUAUCUGUGGGUAGUUUGAAAGGUCAGGACAGCUCUGUUGUGUGGUGGGGAAAUGUGAACUUCUUGUUAUCAAUGCAUUAGAAUAUCAGACUAGUCUCAAUCAUCCUAUCUGAGUUUUGUUCCUUCAUUUCUCCACAGAGAUCCGUGAGGCCUUCAAGGUGUUUGACCGAGAUGGAAACGGGUACAUCUCAAAGCAGGAGUUGGGGGUGGCUAUGCGGUCGCUGGGAUACAUGCCCAAUGAGGUGGAGCUGGAGAUUAUUAUCCAAAGGCUGGACAUGGAUGGUGAAUCACAAACACACACAAUUUUAAAUGCUGUUCACUGAGAUCAUUCAAGAUAAGGCCUUUGCUCCAUUACAUGUGUAAAAGUGUCUGGCUGACCAAAAUAUUGACUAAAUAUCCACACUCCUAUCCCUGCAGGUGAUGGCCAGGUUGACUUUGAGGAAUUUGUUGCACUGCUUGGACCAAAACUUAUUGCUGCUGGGAUGCCUGAUAAGUUCCAUGGGGCGGACUUUGACUCUGUAUUUUGGAAGGUAAGGUAUCUGCUAUCAGCCCCCUCAUCUACCUCCUUCUCCUCUUUCUUCAUCAGAGUUAAUUAUGGCUUAAUAUUUCCUCAUUGGAGUGAGAUGAUUUUCCUGAGGGAUUUUAAAGCUUUUGUGAUUAUAAAUCACAGUCAGUCUAAUUAAAAUUACCAUAAAAACAUGAUAGGAGUUAAAUAAUCAUUAAAGAGAGGGCAAUUCCACUGUGGUUAUGACAUCACGUAUUAUAUUCCUAAUUGCCGUUGCAAGCGUUCCCCAGGGAUUACAAUUUCUAUUCAAUUUAUUCAUGAGAGAGAGUCGAUUCCAGAGCCAUGUUCAGACAAUUAAAACAAACACUUUAUUAGUCGCUUUAUCGUUUAAAUUCUUCAUCACUGUGAUGAAUGGAUAAUUACAAUGGAUGUCAUAAUAGUCAGGAGGCUGUUCAUGAUUUUAAACUUUAUAGCAGUACAAAGAAUUUACAUUUUAAAAAAAAGCUCCAGGCUAUACACAAUUGAUGUUUUUCUAAAUCAAACAUGUGAAAUUUGAUUUAACAUAAUCCAUUAUUUUAAAUAUAUUCACCACACCUGUCUGUGAUGUGAUGGGAUGGGAGAGAAACCCUUGCACCACUUCUAAUUGUCUUACAUAGAAAUGCUUCUCAGUGUAACCUUGCUCAAACAUUGAUAUGCAGACAGACACCUGUGCUCAUGUUAAGUGUUUGUGUCUGGUACUGUCUUCCAGUGUGACAUGUCAAAGCUGACCGUGGAUGAGCUGAAGAGGCUACUGUAUGACACCUUCUGUGACCACCUCACCAUGAAAGACAUUGAGAACAUCAUCAUGACUGAAGAGAGCCACCUGGACAUUCAAGAGUGCCAAGUGGACAUUGACAGUAAGAGCUUUCAACCAGUACAAUCUUGCUAUGCAAUAAGUGUGACC